AUGAGGACCACCAUAAUAACAAAAAACUUUCGAGAGAAUAUAUCGAAAGAACUUGACAAUCUAAGCCAUAAGCUUGAAGCAAUUUCUACAAGAGUUGACAGUUUGGAUGCCGCCAUUGAUGACUUACAGAAGUACAGCUUUCAGUACAACGUUAACAUUAUUGGCUUUCCUGAAGAUGAGCAUGAGUCUGCUGAAACCACCACACAGUUGUGUUUAAAACUUUUCCAUGCUAUCGGAGCCAAGGGAGUGACGAAAAACGACAUUGAUAUCGCUCAUAGAGUGAAUAGCCGAAGGUCUGACAGCCAUUAUCGAAGUCAUGUACUCAGUGAGGUAAAACAUAGUUUCACGGUAUUAGGUGUAACAGAAACAUGAUUAGGCGAAGGCAAAUCUAUUGAUUUUAUAUCACAACUACUUCGCUAUUGCUUUGAAUUUGUUAAAACCCUGUUGUCUGCCGGUGGUGUUGGUCUUUUUUAUAAAUGAAAACUAUAUAUAUCGAGUUUGAUUUAUUUUUCUAAACCCAGAGACCGCGCAAUCCCUUUUUUAUUGAAUCAAACUGCCUUUCUUUGCAGUCUUUGUUCUUUCAACAGUUAAGCUAUUUAAUGUAUGACGCUCAUGCCAAGACAGCUCCUAAAAGUCUUCUCGAUAAGUUUGUGAAAAUCAAUACAAAACAUCAUUAUAAUACGCGAUUAUCUGCAAAAGAAUGUUUCUCUGUCAAAUUCUCUAGAACUGAAAAAAUGAAAAAAUCUUUUACUAGAAUUGGUGUGUCUAUCUGGAAUUCUAUUCCACUUUCUGUUAAGACUCUCAACAUAUCUAAUUUUCGUAAAAAGAUUAAAUCACUACUCCUUAAUGUUCUAGGUAAUGAAGAUAAUUAUUUGAAUGUUAAUUAUUUCAGAGAAUAAUUAUUUUGUGAAGUUAACCUUAUAUGUUGUAUAUACCUCUAAUUGUAAUUUUAGUCUUUUUCAAAUAAAAAAAUCCCCUGUUCUUGAAUUUAUAUGUAAGCUGUUUCUUUCUGUAUGUUUUUGUAUUUCUUUUUCUUUCUUUUUUCUUAUGUAAUUUAAUAACAUCUUUAUUUAAAGUCUUGUCCUGCCUAGAUAAGCAUUAUAGCUAUUUGCAGGACAAAGUAUUGUAAACUUUAUAUUUCUUUAAAUAAAUACAUUGUCGUUGUUGUUGUUGUUGUUAAAGAACAAAGAAUAUUUCCAUUAGUGUCUUUCUUGUUUACAUACAAGCUAUACUUGUGCAAUUUCACGGCUGAAAAAAGACCAGUUUCCAUCUUUGCAGUGAUAUAAAAUUAACUGAAACUUAAUAGAGUACAAAGAGAACAUAAUGUAAUCCUGUACAGCACAUAAGGUACAUGUAUGUCGCAAUAAUCUAAAACUUACACCGUUAAGGUGGUUGGCAUUUCGUAAUGUAAAGAAAAAAAUGCAAGACAUGAAAAACAUUUAAAGUAGAGAAGUACUACAGCUGUUUUAUACAUGUAUAAGAUAAGAACCAUGAUUAUAUGUUGAGCUUAACAGAAUGUGUUUAGAUCAGAUGCAUGUACCAAAUGUGUUUUUUAUAUCAAGAACAUGACACAUCAAAAAUAAAGACAAAGUUAGAGAAUAAAUGCAAUUCAUUUCACUUUAAAAGCUGUUGGUGUACAUAUUAACCAUUUCACCUAUCUUACGAUAUAUUUUUUUCCAUAUAUUAAAAUUUACACUUGGCUCCGAGGCCAAAAGAAAUGUAUUAUUCACUGCUGAGUCUCAAGAUGGUUUCUUUUGUUUUACUCCCCCAAGCCUCGUAGCCAAGUAUGAAUUUUAAUCACGGAGCUCUUGCACACAAAGCACACGAAGCUGACCACCAUGGGUAAGAAAAUGAAGUAAUCUACCCAUCCAAGAAAAUUUGGUAAUCACGUGACCGUACACCUGCUAGACCAUCCAUCCGCACUACAGGCAAACCAAUGUAAAAAUAAUUCAAUCAACAGGUAUAGGAACCGAAAUGCAACUCGAGGUUACGUUGGCGGGAAAUCACAUAGCCACCGGCGUCUUGUAAAGCAGAGACAACUAAACAGUCAAUAAAGAUGAAAACAGAAAGCUGACAUUGUUUCUGUACCCGUGUUGUCUAAAGUAUUAAGCUUAGAUUAACUGUCAUGUCCACAAAUUUGGAAUAUAGAGCAAGAGAAAUUAGGUGGCAGGCCAGCGAGGGUCAAUGAGAAAAAGGGCGACAGAGAUCUAGAGUGACGGAUAAAAAAUUUUUUUUUUGAAGAACAUAAAAUUUUGUACUGGCGGUGACAAAAUGAGAAAUGCUGGCAGCCAACAAGCAGAUGCAAGGUGAACAUGAGGGGCAGUGAAAAAAAGUGAACUUGUAAGAACACGUACACCAUUUCCUCCAUUAAGUGUAACUAAGAAGUUUCUGGAAGUGUCACGUUGUAGUCAUGCAAAACAACGGCAAAGAAAUGUACAAAAAAAGUGUGCUGCAUGAGCAAAGUUGCUUUUUUGCUAAUCAGACCUAUUGUUGUCCCUAUCACCGUUCUCUGGCGCUGCCUUUGCCGCUUAGCAUUACACAAUGUUAUAUUUUGUUUGAACAAACUAUAAAUAUUAUUGAGUGCUUCGCUUUUUAGUCCUGACUAAAUCUAUUCAGUAUAUACUAAAACAGUGGAUAGUGUUUUCACAUGCUCUGAUUGGCUACUCAAUCAGUGAAUAUCCUGCACUAUUCACUGAUUCACCUCCAGUUCCUCUGAGGGAGCGACACCAAACUCGCGUAAGUUGCGAGCAAAAUGCUUUCCCGGUCUGCUGCCAUAACAAACUAAGAAAUUUCACAACUAAUCAAGCAAGCUAUUCCUAAAAUACAUGAAGAAGGUGACGAAGCUCGGUUUGGAAGUUUUAACAGGUAAAGCUUUGUCUUUUUGACUUGAAUGUAUCGAUAAAACUGGUGAAAAAGUUUUUUGUUUACAAAUGCAAAUUAAGCUUAAGUCUUGCAUUACUUUAUUUAGUUGACUUGUUCAUAAAUAAGCUUAAAACUAAAUUUAAUAAUCUUUUUUACAGAAUGAUUUUAAAUACAAAAGAAUUCACAACUCCUCUUGAAGAAACUUCCCCGCAAGAGCUAAACAAACGCAUUGAAAGGUUUUUUAUUUGUCGCCAAGAAAAAGUGACGACCACGGCCGUUCGGUCAUCGUGCGCCAAAACUGUAAUCAUUGGGAACAGUAAACGAGUUAAAAAUCAUCAUUUUUGCGCUCAAUUAUCUCACUGUUUGAGCAUAUACUAAAACAAUUAUUCACCUCAGUGUCGGUGGCUAGUACCGGAUAUUUACCUCGCCGCUUCAAGCCCUCGGUAAAAUACCACUACUAGCCACCUCCACUUCGGUGAAUAAUAAUUGCUAUACAUCACCGGUAUAUCAAAAUUAUUGAUCUUUUUGGCUUCCAGUAGGCUGUUGUGAGUCUGGUUCCCCUGUGGUCACUUCAGAAGUGUGAUCAGGGAUUGCGGAGCUGGAGGGGGCCAGGGGGGGCACAUGCCCCUCAAUAAGUUUGCCACAAUUGCCCUUAAAAAAUCCUUAUAACAAUUUAAAGAGAAGAAGUUUAGAAAAGAAACUCACUUGUUUUGUUUGUGGUUUUGUUUUCACUUUUUUAAGCUUUUAUUCCACGCAAAACAGCUUUGUUUUGCUUUGCCGCGGACCCAUGUCAUUCAAUGACAUAAGGAUGGAAUAUCUGAUUCUACAACCAGAUGUUUUCAAAAUUUUAAUGGACAGAGAAAAACUAGAAUAUUUUUUGGACAUUUUGAAAGUGAUUAAAAAUGUUAAUUCUGCUGAUACAAGUAUGAUCAGUGAGAUGAUACAGAUCUGUGUUCUGAUUCACGUCAACCUUGCAACAAGUGCUUCUGGCGAAUGUUUCUUUUCAACAGCAAGGCGAAUAAAAUCCUAG